AGGGAUGCUCUCUUAUUAGCACAAUCUAGGGAGCAACCACGUUCAUUCUCGGAAGGGGGGUUCGAGAGAUCAAUGAUCUCAGGUCUGGUUUCAGAGUUCCGUUUCUGCGUGCCUCAGUUUACCCUCUGCCCAAGGGGACGAGGUAGGGAGAUGUCAGGGAUUGGGUUACAUAAUCCCUUUCCACUUGACCUCCCUCCUCUACUAAUCCUCCUCAGGAACUAAAGUUCUCGGUUUCCCUAGACGUACUCAGAACCAACUCUGUGCCAUCUAGCCCUGCAACAGCCAGCCCGCUCAUUUCACAUUGCCUAAGCGGCCACAGAAGCAGAAAACCAAGCCGCCUUGCUCUCCCUCCGUGUUUUCUUCCUGCCCGCGCGCCUCCUUUCUCGGUCCCACUCAGACUGGGAAACAGAAGAUCAACGCGUGGCGCGGCUGCAAAGUCGGUUUCCUAUUGGCCAGAGCCUCAGGAGCUGUGCCCUGCGGUCCCGCCUUGCUCACCCAUCUAGGCGGGGCCUUCCCAAUGACCCCACACUGCCUUGGGCCCCGCGGCCCCCGGCUCGCCUAGCAGUCUUAAAGGGGCCUCUGCCGGAUCCAGACGCCGAGCAGACUGCUUUCUCCGGACCGGCUUAGGGGGGGAAUCUCAGAGUCCCAGGAGCGGCUGGGGAUAAGGACAGCGUUGCUGGAAGUGGGGCCCCAGCCUGUCGCGCUCGCUGCACCUGCCAAAUGUCCCUCCCACUAGUUUAGGGCGCAGUUUCUCGAUUCGCCAUUAGGGGGAGGGGCGCCCAGAUCUUUUGACAGCGAAUAAUAAUAAUAGCUAACGUUGAUUCAUUGCUUUGCACAAGCCUUGGCCUUUUACUCACCCCUCGCGUCGUCCUCGCUAAAACCCUAUAAGGUAAGUGGGACUGGCUUUCCCACUUCACAGGUGACGAAACAGGAGGUUAAGCCGCUCACCGCAGUCCACAUGCCCAGGAAGGGGCAAAGCAGACAUUUAACUAGACCUGGGAUUCUUACCCAACAUCGCUCUAUGCCCUAGAAGGGAUUAAUUUUCCCUUAACCAUCACUCUUCUCUCUAGAGUCCCCAGGAGGGGGUCGUCUUAUUAUCUUCGUCCUUUAUCCAAAGGACGAUCGUGAAGGCACACAUGGUUCCCACUCAGCUUCUGCCCAGACAGGUGUGCUCAAACGAGCCUCUUGUAGAGGGUCCCCUCACAGAUGUUUUCAUUCACAGGUCGCCCUUGCAGGUGCCGUACAGAUAUUUUCCCACGGAGAUGCCCCAAACAAAUGUUUUCUCACAGAUGCAUCCUUGACAGGUGGACCUCAAAACACAUGAGCCCCCCCACCAAAGAUGUGCUUCAAUGUGAGUGUGCCCCAUGCAGGCGUGCUCAGGUCUUCCUCUCGUGUGAACUCAAUUCAAUGCAGCUGUUUCCUUCACCUCACAGGUAUGUUUCUCAACAGGUGUUCCUCCACCCAGGAAUGCGUCAUAGAGCCUCCCCCGCCAUACGUGUGUUCCAUUUAAUCAUUCACCCGUACGGGGCUCUUUCCAUAUAACUGGGUCCCCUACAAGUGUACUUAAAUGCAGGUGAGCCAUGCAGAUGCAUUCCCCAAACAGAUGUACCCCGCGCCAAAGUGCCUCAGCCAGGUGUUUGUAACCAUGCAGGUGUGUUCUAUAUACAGCUGUUUUCCACACAGGUGUGUCCCACACCAGUGUUUUUUCAUUAGAGGCUCCCCAUCCCGGUCUGCCCCAGACAGGAGUGCCUCACACAUCGGUGACUCCAUGCCCCGUGUGUCUCCACACCUGGACGAUUCUACAGAUGUACCUGCAGUGCAGGUGCGUCCACGGCGCGGACCCGCCCCCGCUUGGCCCCGCCCUUUCAUCUAGGCUCAGGUGCACAAGCCGGAAGUGCGCUCACCUCCGAGGUGAGUGACUAAACUUUCCGGGUCACGUGAGCCGGCGGAGCUGGAAGAGUCCGACCGAGCCACUGACCGACGGAUCGAGGGUUCGAGCGAGGGACCGGGAUCGGGACCCUGAGCGGGGUCGAAGACGCCCGGGCCAGCCCCCAGGUGCGGGGUCGAAGGUACCCCCCCCCCACCGCCCGAGAUGCGGUAGGAGCGGCGCGCGCGACAAGCCCUGUCCCCUGUGCCACCAGCCCGUCACCCGGCCCAUGGCGAGCCCCGGCCUGGGGCUGCUCUUGGCACUCGGCCUGCCGCUGCUGCUGACCCGCUGGGGCCGGGUCUGGGGGCAAACACUGGAGCCCACUGUAAGUGAGAACAGCACAAUUACACCCUCUGGCCCCAGCCCUGGCUCCAGUGGGGCCCUGUCGCAGGAGGCCACCAUUGCUAUCAUCGUGGUCUUCUCCCUCCUGGCCGCCCUGCUCCUGGCCGUGGGCCUGGUACUUCUGGUGCGGAAGCUUCGGGAGAAGCGGCAGACGGAGGGCACCUACCGGCCCAGCAGCGAGGAGCAGUUCUCCCAUGCAGCCGAGGCCCAGGCUCCCCAGGACUCCAAGGAGACGGUGCGGGGCUGCCUGCCCAUCUGGGUGCCCAUCUGGGUCCCCAUCUGGUGAAGGGUGAAGGACCCAUCACCCUUCCUGGCUGUGUGACCUUGGGGGAAGGCAGAGACCUCUCUGGGCAGUCAGACACACCCAGCGCUUAAGAAUAGAAGGGAAGAAGGUGCUUCAAAGACUCUGCCUUUGAAGAAAAGGGAGACUGAGGCUGCUUACUUUAUAUAUAUCUAUACAAUGGGUAGAGCGGUGUAAUAAAACCUUUUUGUGAGCUGGUGGGGGCAGGAGUUAGCCUAGAUGGAGGAGACACAUAGGCUGUUGAGAGAUGAAUUGUAAGGUCUCUAGGGUCCUAGGGGCUGGGAGGGCUUCCUGGAAGGGAAAGGCUUUUAGCUGCACCUAAGAGCCAGCCGGAGGCUGCUUUGGGAGGGAAGGUGGGGAGCGGGGUGGGUGUCUGAGCAGAAACAG